GAGGCAGCUGGUCUGGACUGGAAUGAGUCCCCCUUGUCCCCUGUACAAACUUCUGGACCAUGAUCAGUUCCCUUGAAAGGACCAGGAGAGAAGACCCCAAGGAGGUGCUGGACUGGACUCUUACAGGGACCACCUGAAGCAGGACGUUUUCCUGCACUGAAGUCUCCAGCUGAGGGGAGGAACAGGUCACCUAUCUUUGGGAUAUUUCCCAGGGCUGACGGGCCUGCGUGUGCCCUCCAUGAAUGGAGCUAUCCCAGAGGUGUUCCUCGCGGGUGGAGACCUGAUACCCCAAGGCCACAUUCGCCGCUGCCUGUCUGCAGUGGAGUCCAGAGAGCAGCUAGAGGAAGAGAAGGAGGAUGAGAGGAAAAAGAAGGAGGGGAACAGCUCCCAUGCUGUACCCCUCCGAAGAUCAGGCGCUUUCCGGGCGCAUGGUCACAACUAUGACUCCUUUAAAAGACAUAGUUGGGGGCCUGACAGGGAGCCUCGGGACUCACUGAGCAGGAGGAGACUGCAGUCAUUGGGAUGCCCAAGCCCCGAAGAGGCUCCCUUACUGCAGAACCAAGAGGAACUGGACACCUAUCUGGAACUGCAGCACCAGGGUGGCCAACCCUCCUGCCUGGACCAUUCAGACUUUCUAUUUCUUCUUGAUUCAGUUUUGGGUCAGGAUUCCUGUUAUCCACCUGCUGGCCCUUUGGCGCACUCAGCCACUGGUAUGCUUUCUAAGUCUGUAUCCCUGAGUGGCAUCAACUCCCUCUUGGACUGCUCUGAUUCAGAUGGGUAUUUAUCCCAGUCCUCUGCCACUGACCUCAGGAAAAGCUCUAGCCAGCUGGAAGGGCACUCAGGUUCCUGGGCAGGCUCCUCCCUGCGACGCACCUUCAGCUUCCUCUUGGGCAUGACCGGAAAGGCCAAGACCCGAGAGAAGGAGAAAAUGAGGGAAGCCAAGGAUGCCCGCUACACCAAUGGGCACCUCUUCACCACCAUCUCGGUUUCAGGCAUGACCAUGUGCUACGCCUGCAACAAGAGCAUCACUGCCAAGGAAGCCCUCAUCUGCCCAACCUGCAAUGUGACUAUCCACAACCGCUGUAAAGACACCCUCGCCAACUGUACCAAGGUCAAGCAGAAGCAACAGAAAGCUGCUCUGCUGAAGAACAACACUGCCUUGCAGUCUGUUUCCCUCCGAAGUAAGACAACCAUCCGGGAGCGGCCCAGCUCUGCCAUCUAUCCCUCCGACAGCUUCCGGCAGUCCCUCCUUGGCUCCCGCCGUGGCCGCUCCUCCCUGUCAUUAGCCAAGAGUGUUUCUACCACCAAUAUUGCUGGACACUUCAACGAUGAGUCUCCCCUGGGGUUGCGCCGGAUCCUCUCACAGUCCACAGAUUCCCUCAACAUGCGGAACCGAGCCCUGUCUGUGGAGUCUCUCAUUGAUGAAGGUGCAGAGGUGAUCUACAAUGAGCUGAUGAGUGACUUUGAGAUGGAUGAGAAGGACUUCACAGCUGAUUCCUGGAGCCUGGCUGUGGAUGGCAGCUUCCUACAGCAGCAUAAAAAGGAGGUGAUGAAGCAGCAGGAUGUCAUCUAUGAGCUGAUCCAGACAGAGCUGCACCACGUGAGGACGUUGAAGAUCAUGACCCGCCUCUUCCGAGCGGGGAUGCUGGAAGAGCUGCAGCUGGAGCCAGGAGUGGUCCAGGGCCUAUUCCCUUGUGUGGACGAGCUCAGCGACAUCCACACCCGCUUCCUUAGCCAGCUCUUAGAGCGCCGGCGCCAGGCCCUGUCCCCUGGCAGUACCCGGAACUUUGUCAUCCACCGCUUAGGUGACCUGCUCAUCAGCCAGUUCUCAGGGCCCAGCGCAGAGCAGAUGCGUAAGACCUACUCUGAGUUCUGCAGCCGCCACACCAAGGCCUUAAAGGUCUAUAAGGAGCUGUACGCCCGAGACAAACGCUUCCAACAAUUCAUCCGGAAAGUGACACGCUCAGCUGUGCUGAAGCGACAUGGGGUGCAGGAGUGCAUCCUGCUGGUGACACAGCGCAUCACCAAGUACCCAGUGCUUAUCGGCCGCAUCCUGCAGUACUGCCAUGGGAGCGAGGAGGAGCACCAAGACCUAACAACAGCACUAGGGCUGGUGAAGGAGUUGCUGUCCAAUGUGGACCAAGACGUGCACGAGCUGGAGAAGGGGGCCCGUCUGCAGGAGAUCUACAACCGCAUGGAUCCCCGGGCCCAGACCCCGGUGCCUGGCAAGGGCCCCUUUGGCCGAGAGGAACUUCUCCGGCGCAAGCUCAUCCAUGAUGGCUGCCUGCUCUGGAAGACAGCCACUGGGCGCUUCAAAGAUGUGCUAAUGCUGCUGAUGACAGAUGUGCUGGUGUUUUUGCAGGAGAAGGACCAGAAGUACAUCUUUCCCACGCUGGACAAGCCCUCAGUGGUAUCACUGCAGAAUUUAAUCGUGCGGGACAUUGCUAACCAGGAGAAAGGGAUGUUUCUGAUCAGUGCGGCCCCGCCCGAGAUGUAUGAGGUGCACACAGCCUCCCGGGAUGACCGGAGCACCUGGAUCCGCGUCAUUCAGCGGAGUGUAUGCGUGUGCCCAUCCAGGGAAGACUUCCCCCUGAUUGAGACAGAGGAUGAGGCUUACCUGCGGCGAAUCAAGAUGGAGCUGCGGCAGAAGGACCAGGCACUGGUGGAACUGCUGCAAGAGAAAGUCGGGCUGUUUGCUGAGAUGACUCAUUUCCAGGCAGAAGAGGAUGGCAGCAGUGGGAUGCCCCUGCCCACCCUGCCCCGGGGCCUUUUCCGCUCAGAGUCUCUUGAGUCCCCUCGUGGCGAGCGCCUGCUGCAGGAUGCUAUCCGUGAGGUGGAGAGCCUGAAAGACCUACUGGUGGGUCCUGGGGUGGAAUUGCUCUUGAUGCCCCGAGAACCAGCCUUGCCCUUGGAACUAGACAGCGGUGGUAACACGAGUCCUGGGGUCACUGCCAAUGGUGAGGCCAGAACCUUCAAUGGCUCCAUUGAGCUUUGCAGAGCCGACUCAGACUCCAGCCAGAAGGAUCGAAAUGGAAAUCAGCUGAGAUCUCCCCAGGAGGAGGCGUUACAGCGAUUGGUCAAUCUCUAUGGACUUCUGCAUGGCCUACAGGCGGCUGUGGCCCAACAGGACACUUUGAUGGAAGCCCGGUUCCCUGAAGGCCCUGAAAGGAGGGAGAAGUUGUCCCGAGCUAACUCCCGGGAUGGAGAGGCUGGCAGAUCUGGGGCUGUGCCUACGGCUCCUGAAAAGCAGGCCACUGAGCUGGCCCUGCUGCAGCGGCAGCAUGCGCUGCUGCAGGAGGAGCUGCGGCGUUGCCGGCGGCUGGGUGAGGAGCGGGCUACUGAAGCCAGCAGCCUGGAAGCCCGCCUCCGGGAGAGCGAGCAGGCCCGGGCUGUGCUGGAGCGGGAAGCUGAAGAGGCACGCAGGCAACUGGCUGCCCUGGGCCAGACAGAGCCACUCCCAGCCGAGGCCCCCUGGGCCCGCAGGCCUGUGGACCCAAGGCGGCGCAGCCUCCCUGCAGGCGAUGCCCUGUACCUGAGUUUCAACCCACCACAGCCCAGCCGAGGCCCUGACCGCCUGGAUCUGCCUGUGACUGUUCGCUCCAGCCAUCGACCCUUUGAGGAUCGGGAGAGGCAGGACCUGGGUAGCCCUGAGGAACGGCUUCAAGACAGCAGUGACCCUGACACUGGCAGCGAGGAGGAAGGUAGCAGCCGUCCGUCUCCGCCCCACAGUCCUCGAGGUGAGACCCUGGCGGAGACAUGGACUAGAGAUUUCACCCGAAUGCAGGACAUCCCGGAGGAGACAGAGAGCCGUGAUGGGGAGCCUAUACCCUCCGAAACCUAAGGGGGCCCCUCCCUGUGCCUGUGCCCCACUGAAGAACAUUACUGAGGGGGCAAACCUUGGGGACUCCAUUUGCCAAUGAUGAGGGAACAUUUGAAUGAACUGCUGAUUGUCCUUGCCAGCUCUUGGGAUCCUUGGAUACCUGGGGCCAUUUAAAAUGCUGGGGGAAUUAGGUCACAAUACCCCCAGGUGGCUGGCAUCCAAAAGCUGCACCACAAAUGCCAGUUUCUCAUGCCUUCUUCCCUAUACUUUAGGAAAAAUUAUUUAUUUAUUGUUUAUUAGUUACAGGGGGAGAGGAGGGAUUUAUAGGACCAGGGACAUUGGAACCAAGCCAUAGGGAUCAGGGGGCCUGUCCUUUAACACUACUGGGGUAUAUCAGGCUUAACCAUCCAGCUGCCGGGUUCUAGCCCUACACUCCUCCCUAGCACCCCCAUCUCAGAGGAGAGGCUGCAGCUAUAAGGCUCCACUGCCCUUGAAGGAGGGCUGGGGCGGGGCCAUGUCCCUCUGCCCUCUCCCCUCCACCACUUACCACUGUCCUCCCUUCUAUCCUACAUGGGAGCCCUAGAGAGACAACCUGGCUUCCUAGAAUUGAUAGGAUAGAAGUGGGUAUCAUGGUGGUUUGUUAGGAUGAAGGGGAAAAACUCCACAGGGACCAGAAUGUUUUGUGUGUGUUUUUUUUUUUUCCUUUUUUGUACCAAAGCCAAUUGCACGUGUUUUAUAUUUUUAAGAAAAGAUUGUAGGUAAUUAGAGAUCGCAGCCUUCUAUCUCCACAUCUCUGAGCAGGUUGAGGGGUGAGAGAGAAAAUGACUUCUCCCUUCAUCUAUAGCAGUGGGGGACCUAUACUGACUGACCUCUUUCCCAGCCAUUGGGAAAAUGUUCUAGGAUGGUCUGGGAAAUCUCUAGGAACCCUAACCUUGCCUUCCACCUCAGCAACCAUGACCUGAAACCUCAGUGUGAAUUUUGGGAACUUCUCAAUGGACCACCCCAUGCCCAGUAGCCCCAGCCAUUUUUCUGCCAAUUUGGUUGUUUAAAAACAAAACAAAAAAAGAUCAAGCAGGGAAAAUUAAAGACCUAGAACCCCACAAGGUGCUAUCUUUUCCUAGUGUCUGUCAGUUCUAAGGGUGAUGGUGAGGGGAGAGCAGGGCAGUGACUGUCGUCCUUCUCCCAAAGGCCCUUUCCUCUCCAAAAGGGCAGUCCCUGCCUCACUGAAGAGAAGGCCACCAACAAAAGUAGCUGCUGCACAUCUUUUUUUUUAAUUCACAAAUCCAAGGAUAAAAGUGAAGGGGUACUGGGUUAGUUUCCAUUGUUGGGGAUUCCAGUCUUCAUCUUAUUUGCAUGCUGUGCUCAGAAGUCAACACAGCCUGUUGUCCCCUUUUGGUGCAGUCCUGUCCUCCUGUCCCUGUUGUCGGUUUGCAGAUGCAGCCCUGGCCCUGCCCCUGUUCUCCGUAAUGUCAGAGCCCUGGGGUGACCAUCAUAGGACACCCUCUUGGAGAGGCAGUAAGGGGUUAGCUGGUUUCAGUUCUUGGCUUGAUUUUACUUCCUGUUCGUGGUUGAUAACCCAGCUUCAGGGCUGAGAGGGAAGGGAGGAGGGGGCAUCUGGGGUUAUGAAAAUGGAGGCACAUGUGUAAGUCCUUGCUGGAGCUUGUGGGUAAGAUGAGAAGAAUGGGGUGCAGAGCCUCAGCAGGAAAGAGGAAUUGGAGUCUCACGGCUUGGGGAGCAGCCCGCACCUUCCACUCUGUAACCCUGACCACCAUAUGGCCUUUACAAGGUGCUUUCACAUCCAUUAUGGGAAUCAACUGUUACCAUUUUACAGCAGGGAAACUAGAGUGCAGAAAGGUUGCCAGGCCAGGAAGGGGCCAGCCUUCCUAAUUUAGUCCUCCACUGUGCCCCUCUUGGCUACUCUGCCUAAAAAUACCAGAGUUUCGAAUCUCAGAUACGCUGACUCCCUGCUUGGCAGCUGUCUCCCUGUAAGCUGAAAUAGCUGGACCCCAAAGCUUUAAGGGCGGAGUGGGGACAGCAUGGGAAGUCCACCAAGAAAGGGGAGUGUAGGUUUUAUCAACACCCUUGUGCACCCAGUGAAGGGUGCCAGUCAGGAGAGAAACUGCAAAGCCUGAGGCAGAUCCCACACUGGGCGUAGAGAAGCCUACAGCUCUCUUUAGAGCAGUGGUUCUCAACCUUCCUAAUGCCGCGACCCUUUAAUAACAGUUCUUCAUGUUGUGGUGACCCCAAUCAUAAAAUUAUUUUCCCUGCUACUUCAUAACUGUAAUUUUGCUACUGUUACAAAUCAUGAUGUAAAUAUCUGAUAUGCAGGAUGUAUUUAGGUGACCCCUGUGAAAGGGUCAUUCGACCCCCAAAACCGCUGCUGUAGAGCAAUACUGCCUUUUUGUCAGCACUGCUGUGCCUUCUGCCUUCCCUUUGCUAAAACCCUCUCAUCUUCAGUCCCCAAACAUGGUGUCAAAGCAUUUCUUUUUGGGUUCCUGACAGCCCGGUCCUCUUCCAUUUUUGAUCAUUCUGCCCUUUGUCUUCUCCAUAAUCCCAUAUUUGGGAACUCAGUCUUAACUUCUGUCCCUUCUGCUGCAGUUGCAAAGCUCUCUGGCUUUGUGCUUCAGGGAGCCAGGACCCAGCUUCUCACUAAAAAAAUAACCUGUUUUCUAAUCGGAGAGGAAUGCCACGCCUUCUGCUGUGCCCAGCCCUCCCUUCUUCCUCCAUUGCUGCACCCUUCCCUCCUAUUCCUCCAAGGGUAGGUUUAUGUGCAUUCACUCUCCUCUGACUUGGACCUGUGUGAACUUUGUCAAUAUUUACCUCCAGGUCCCAUAAAGCAGAGGUACCCCCAGAGGAGCCAAUAUCCGGAUCCCAGCAAGGCUGUUAGAGGAGCUGCUGGGGGGUGUGAGGAGGGGAGCUUAGGUGGGGGAAGAUUUUCCAUCCUCCCAAAUUGGCUGAGAGCAGACCUGGGGCUUUGGAACCAGUUUAAACGUUAUCAAAAAGGAAAUUAAACAUCAAGCGGCUAAUUAAAUCUCUUUCAUACUGCUUUAAUAUGUUGUGAAUUGGGUGGCUCUUUAGAGCCUCUUAGCAAUAAAACUGGGCAGGAGGCUUCAUACUCACUGCUCCCAGCUACUGCUCCAUAAUCUUGAGCAGCCAGUUACAUACAAGAUAGGUUAGGGAGCUUGGUGAGGUGGGAAGCAAAGAUAAUGGAAGUGGAAGCACCAUCCCAUAUUUCCUCUGCCGCCUCCUUUUUCCCCCCAGAAAGUCCCUUCUGAUGACUUUUUAUCAUGGAUGGGUCAUAAUGAACAUGAAAACCAAAAGGGAGGGCAGCACCUGUGGCUCAGUAGGUAGGGCGCCGGCCCCAUAUACCAAGAGUGGCAGGUUUGAUCCUGGUCCCGGCCAAAAUGCAACAACAACAACAAAAAAUACAGCCAGGCAUUGUGGCAGGCGCCUGUGGUCCCAGCUGCUCGGGAGGCUGAGACAAGAGAAUCGCCUAAGCCCAGGAGUUGGAGAUUUCUGUGAGCUGUAAUGCCACAGCACUCUACCGAAGGUGAUAAAGUGAGACUCUGUCUCUUAGAAAAAAAAAAAAAAAAGAGCCCCCUUCCCUGGAGAACACACCUUUAAGAGGGGCUAACCCCUCAGUUCUUUGUGUCAGACUUUGAUUAUACUCCACACAGAGUGUGUAGAAACAUUCCAAACAAGAUCUUCAUGGUUCCCUGUGCCCAUCUCCCAGCUAUCCUUCGUUUCCAUUAUAAGGUGUCAGAAUAAUAGCUAACAGUAUGUGUUAGGCAGUCAAAUCCUUAAUAGCCCAUUUUACGGUAAGAAAACAGAUACAGAGAAACAGUAAUUUGCCCAAGG